AUGCUGGGCUCUACCUGCCUUCCGUGGCUCCUGGCUAUGACCUUCUCCUUGGUUCCUAGAGCUCAGCCCUUGGCCCCUCAAGGCUUUGAGGAAGAGGAGAUAGAUGAGACGGUGCCACCGCCUGUCCCCUGUGACUACGACCGCUGCCGACACCUGCAGGUGCCCUGCAGGGAGCUGCAGAGGGCCGGCAGGGUGGCCUGCCUGUGUCCUGGGCUCUCCAGCCCUGCCCAGCCGCCAGACCCGCCGCGCCUGGGAGAGGUGCACGUUGUGGCCGAGGAGGGCUGCGCCGUGGUCCACUGGUGCGCUCCCUUCUCCCCGGUCCACCACUACUGGCUGCUGCUUUGGGAGGGCAGUGGGGCUCCACAGAAGGGCCUGCCGCUGAACUCCACCUUCCGAAAAGCAGAACUGAAGGGGCUGAAGCCUGGGGGCACUUAUGUCGUUUGCGUGGUGGCCGCUAACGAUGCCGGGGAAAGCCACGUGCCGGGGGCAGGUGGGGAGGGCCCCCAGGGGGCGGACGUGCCUGCCUUUGGGCCUUGCGGCCGGCUCUCCGUGCCGCCCAGCCCCCUCACUCUGGUCCACGCGGCCGUUGGGGUGGGCACAGCCCUGGCCCUGCUGAGCUGUUCCGCCCUGGUCUGGCACUUCUGCCUGCGGGACCGCUGGGGCUGCCCACGCCGGGCUGCCGCAAGAGCCUCAGGGGCGCUCUGA